UGCACGCUGUCUUUUUAUGUGAUAGUGAAAGUAAAAUUUGAUAAUUUCCUGGAUUUUUUGCAGGGUGUGUGAGUGUGUGAAUCGGUGUGUGUUGUGUCUGGAUCUACAGUUUUGUCAUUAAUAGAACCAGGAAACAAAAUCUUCACACUGUAAAAUGGCAGAAGCCAAUUUUUCACUGGCUCAGGAUGAGUUCAGCUGUUCAGUCUGCCUGGAUCUCCUGAAGAAUCCAGUGACUAUUCACUGUGGACACAGUUUCUGUAUGGUGUGUAUUAAUGAUUGCUGGGAUCAGGAGGAUCAGAAGAAGAUCUACAGCUGCCCUAACUGCAGACACACCUUCACCUCAAGACCUGUCGUGAGUAAAAACACCAUUCUGGCUGAGGUGGUGGAGAAACUGAAGAAGACGAGACUCCAGGCUGCUCCUCCUGAUCACUCUUCUGCUGAUCCUGAAGAUGUGGAGUGUGAUUUCUGUACUGGGAGAAAACACAAAGCCGUCCAGUCCUGCCUGGUGUGUCUGGCCUCUUACUGUGAAACUCACCUCCAGCCUCACUACCAAUCUCCAGCCUUUAAGAAGCACAAGCUGGUCAAAGCCUCCAGACGACUCCAGGAGCAGACCUGCUCUCAGCACGAUAAACUGCUGGAGGUUUACUGUCGCACCGACCAGCAGUGUAUCUGCAUGCUGUGUAUGCUGGAUAACCAUAAAGGACAUGAUACAGUGUCACUUGCAGCAGAAAGAUCUGAGAAACAGAAGCAGGUGGUGGAAACACAGAGGAAAUACAAGAAGAGAAUCCAGGAGAGAGAGAAGGAGCUUCAGGAGUUAAUAGAGGCUGUGGAUAAUCACAAGCGCUCUGCUCAGACAGCAGUGGAGGACAGUGAGAAGAUCUUCACUGAGAUGAUCCUCUCCAUUGAGAGAAGACGCUCUGAGGUGAGGCAGAUGAUCAGAGAUCAGGAGAAAGCUGCAGUGAGUCGAGCUGAAGAACGUCUGAAGAGACUGGAGCAGGAGAUCACAGAGCUGAAGAGGAGAGAUGCUGAUCUGGAGAAGCUUUCAUUCACAGAGGAUCACAUCCAUUUCCUCCAGAGUUUUCAGACUCUCUCAGCUCCUCCUGGAUCUUCAGCAUCACCUGCUUUUACUCUCAGUCCUCUCAACACUUUUGAAGUUGUUAUGAAGUCUGUUUCUCAGCUGAGAGGAAAACUAGACAAAUUCUGGAAAGAGGAAUUUGAGAAGACAUCAGCUGCAGUGAAGGAAGUGCAGAUCAUUCUUCCUCCUGAACCCAAAAGCAGAGAAGAGUUCCUGGAGUAUUCCUGUCAGCUCACACUGGAUCCAAACACAGCUUUUAAAUACCUCCUCCUGUCUGAGAGGAACACAGUGGUGACCUGCAGCAACACAGUCCAGCCAUAUCCUGACCAUCCAGACAGAUUUGAUGGAUGGGCUCAGGUUCUGUGUAGAGAGAGUGUGAGUGGACGCUGCUACUGGGAGGUUGAGUGGAGAGGAGAUGGAGGGGUUGAUAUAGCAGUGUCUUAUAAAAGCAUCUCCAGGGAGGGAGGCUGGGAGUGUGGGUUUGGAUGUAAUAAUGAUCAGUCUUGGAAAUUGUUCUGUAAUUCCUCCAGAUACACAUUCAGAUACAAUAACAGAGAUACUGUAAUCUCCGGAGUGCCCGUCUCCUCUAGAGUAGGAGUGUAUUUGGAUCACAGGGCAGGAACUCUGUCCUUCUACAGCAUCUCUGAUACCAUGACCCUCAUCCACAGAGUCCAGACCACCUUCACUCAGCCGCUCUACGCUGGGUUUGGGUUGAGCCCCGACUCAUCAGUAAAUCUUUUACUUUCAGCAAAAUAGAUGAACAUGCAGAACAAAGAGAAGAGCUGGAUGAGAUCAGAUAAGAACUGCAGAAUCUAGACUGUAGAACUGAUCAAAUAAAGUUAUAAUAGUGCUGG